GUAGCAAACUGAGCAGCCACGUUCCCGCGGGCGAGUGAACAUCUUCGUCAGAGAACAUCUUUGGCUUGUCUAACCGUCCAAGAUGGCGGCGCUUGUGGGGCUGCGUGCAUGUUUCUCCGCCCUCCAGCUUUCUUCGCCAAGUCUGCUGCACAGCUCCUUCAAACUAUGUGCUGUGCCUCUGAGUCGGCGGACCUUUGCCACGGAGGCUAAGAAGACAUUCAGCAGAGACAAACCUCACGUGAACAUAGGAACAAUCGGCCAUGUUGAUCACGGCAAAACCACGCUGACCGCAGCCAUCACUAAAGUGCUGGCGGAGGCCGGCGGUGCUCGCUACAAAAAGUAUGAAGACAUUGACAAUGCUCCUGAGGAGAAGGCCAGAGGAAUCACCAUCAACGCCUCUCAUGUGGAAUACACCACAGCCAACAGACAUUACGCUCACACAGACUGUCCCGGCCACGCCGACUACGUCAAGAACAUGAUCACAGGCACGGCGCAGAUGGACGGCUGCAUCCUGGUGGUGGCGGCCACGGACGGCCAGAUGCCUCAGACACGCGAGCACCUCCUGCUGGCCAGGCAGAUCGGCGUCGAGUACAUCGUGGUGUUCAUCAACAAGGCCGACGCGGUGGAGGACAAGGAAAUGCUGGAGCUGGUGGAGCUCGAGAUCCGCGAGCUGCUCACCGAAUUCGGCUACGACGGCGAGAACACGCCUGUCGUGAUAGGCUCCGCCCUCUGCGCCCUGGAGAACAAACAGCCUGAGCUCGGUGCCAAUGCCGUGUUGAAGCUGCUGGAGAUCGUGGAUACAUAUGUUCCACUUCCCAAGAGGGAGCUGGAAAAACCCUUCCUGCUGCCCAUUGAGGGAGUGUACUCCAUCCCAGGCAGGGGUACGGUUGUGUCGGGCACUUUGGAAAGAGGAACCAUCAAGAAGGGAGAUGACUGUGAGUUUGUGGGACAUAACCGCCACAUAAAGUCUGUGGUUACAGGUAUUGAGAUGUUCCACCAGUCUCUGGACCGGGCGGAAGCGGGAGAUAACCUGGGCGCUCUGGUCCGUGGCCUGAAGAGGGAAGAUAUACGGCGAGGCAUGGUGAUGAGCAAACCAGGAUCCAUCAUGCCUCACCAGAAAGUCAAGGCCCAGGUGUACGUUCUGAGUAAGGAGGAGGGCGGCAGACAUAAGCCGUUUGUCAGCAACUUCAUGCCCGUCAUGUUCUCUCUCACCUGGGACAUGGCCUGCAGAAUCUCUCUGCCCGCUGAGAAGGAAAUGGUGAUGCCAGGCGAGGACACGUCCCUGACGCUCACUCUGCGUCAGCCGAUGGUUUUGGAGAAAGGUCAGCGGUUUACUCUCAGAGAUGGCAACAGGACCAUCGGCACCGGCCUGGUCACAGAAAUCCUGACCAUGACAGAAGAAGACCAGUGCAACUGGGGCUCAUAGAGAGAGAACGAGAGAGAGAGAAAGAGAGAAAGGCAAAAAGGGUGGGAGGGGGGCAUGUAUAUGGGAAAGUGAUCUGGGAAUGGGGAGAAGAUUUCUGUGUCUGGCUAAGAUAUGAAAUACUGAUAGAAAUAUACAUAUACUGAACACAUGCUCACACCUUCAACAGGAGUUAAGUCGCAGGAAGGCAUGGCUCUUUUCUGCAGUUCCACCAAACCAGAAUAUCUGCAAUGGGAUGUUCAGCAUUGUCUUUGUGUCUAAAGGCCGGACUGUCAUUUGUCAUUUAUGUAAUAAAAUGUAUUUAAUAAUGAAA